AUUUGGAAACCUUUGCCUUCUAUCGACCCCAGUUUCCUCCACAAUCCAAAUCCCGGAGCGGAUCCUUCUUUUUUGCCGGAAGUUCUCAGGGCGAAAAAAAAGGAAGCCAACGUCAAAUUAACCUCUGAUUCUUGAGCGGAGAAGUCUAGGGUUUGGUGCGGAGCUAUAUCCUUUUCGGCAUGCCGUGGUGCGUCGAUUGACGGUGGAAUUUUCGGAGGAUCGAGAGGAGGUAGUGAUGUAUAGGGAUCGAGGAUUGGGAGGAGGCAUGAACGCGGCCAAGGCUGAAAUUGGCAGCCUUGAUCGGAAACGGAUCAACGACGCGCUAGACAAGCACCUGGAGAAAUCUUCGCCGUCGACAUCUCGGGGGAUUAACGGCAAAAAGAAGGAGCGGCUAUCGGUGGCCUCGACUUCAGCUGGGAAGCAUCAUGAUCACCCCGGCGGCCUCACCAAAAACAAAUGCUCCGAUGAAGAAUCCGAUAGCGAAGAAUCUGAUGUUAGCGGUUCGGAUGGAGAUGACACUUCAUGGAUUGCAUGGUUCUGUAGCCUGAAAGGCAACGAAUUCUUCUGUGAAGUGGAUGAUGAAUAUAUACAAGAUGAUUUCAACCUCUGCGGGUUAAGCAGCCAAGUCCCAUAUUAUGAUUACGCCCUUGAUCUGAUUUUGGAUGUUGAAUCUUCUCAUGGCGAUAUGUUCACUGAGGAACAACAUGAGCUGGUUGAGUCUGCAGCAGAGAUGCUGUAUGGCCUGAUCCAUGCUCGCUACAUUUUGACUGGUAAAGGAAUGACUGCGAUGCUCGAGAAGUACAAGAACUAUGAUUUUGGAAGAUGCCCAAGGGUUUAUUGCUGUGGUCAACCCUGCCUUCCGGUUGGUCAAUCAGACAUCUCUCGAUCGAGUACUGUGAAAAUCUUUUGCCCCAAGUGUGAAGAUGUUUAUUACCCUAGAAUCAAGAACCAAGGCAACAUUGAUGGAGCUUAUUUUGGAACAACAUUUCCUCAUCUCUUUCUAAUGUCGUACCCUCACCUGAAGCCCCAGAAGCCCACCCAGCGAUACAUUCCCCGAGUUUUCGGCUUCAAAAUUCACAAGCCCUGAUAUAAGACUCAGGAAGCAAGGCCCCAGUUCUCCCAGAAUGGAAAAUCCGCCCUUUUUUUUAAACCCCUUUUUAAUUCAACUUUUUAGCUAUAGCAUGAGGAAUUCAUCAUCAUGUUAUUGUUUAUUUUUAAUUAGCUGUAGACAAGAAAUGUGUGUAAAACCGCUGUGAUUGAUUAUUAAUUUGCUUGUGUCAAA